AUGCUGGUCUCAUUGACCGUCGGCAAAGUCGAUGCCGGCGUCGCAGUCCUGCUGACAGAAGACAAACGCCUGAUCGAAUUCCCCUCCAUCCUCCUCCCUCCCGACAUCCAUUCCGGCAGCAUUGUCGACAUCAACGUCUCCCGCAAUCAACACGCCGAACUCAUCGCCGAGCAGAAGUUUGGUGCGCUGCAGAGCGAGAUUUACGAAGCCUUCGGCACCCAGAUCCCUUCUCCUCCCGUCCUACGAUGUCGCAACGCAACUCAAACCAGUGUCGUGCUCGAAUGGGACCCCAUCAAUCUUGCCACCGCCGAGCUGCGCAGUCUGAGUCUCUACCGCAAUGGCACCAAAGCGGGCAUCAUCCCGCGUGACAAGCUGAGCACCAAGAUCUCCGGCCUAGCUGUGGACACGGAGUACACAUUCCACCUCAUUUUGAGGACGAGCGCGGGGCAAUACAGCAGCGAAAGAUUGACCAUCCGAACCCACAAAAUGACCGAUUUGACCGGCAUCACCAUCACCCCCGGCGUCAUGCCCUCGCAACUCAAGGACAGCCUCGCCGAGACCGUCAACAAGAUCGGUGCCAAGCUAAUCGACACCGUGCGCAUCGACACCACCCACUUCGUCUGCACCGAACCACGAGGGCAAGGAUGGGAAAAGGCGGUGGAGAUGAACGUGCCAGUCGUCGUGCCCGACUGGAUCUUGGGGUGUCAACGAGAAGGACGUAUUGUGGGCGUGCGAGGAUACUAUCUUGACGCAGACCCCAAGCACCGACAGCUGGGCCCCAGCCAAUCGCAACAACAACAGCAGCAGUCGCAGCAGGUCCAGGCGGUGCAAAGAAUGAAUAGUGCUCGAGACAGUCCGCGCAUCGAACAUACCCCUCCAACCCCUGAGCGACAGAGUCACGAGCCUUCACGAGCAAAUGGAACCCCGGGCUCCUCUGCGGAACCGCCUACGCCGCCUCCCAAACCGAGGAGUGAGAGACCAACGGAAGCAGAUGACGAAACUGGCGAGGGGCGAUCAUCAUAUACUGGAAGCGUUGUAGUUGCGCGGGAAGCGGCGAGCGAGGAUGGAGAUGGCGAAGGUUCAGAAGACACAGAGAGGGCAUCGCAGACUUCUGAACAGCAUAGGGGGAGCAAUGCUGUCGCGGAGCAAGAGGCCAUGGACGAGGACGGCAAGUUCGACGAGGUCGCGCUGUAA